AUGUUCCGAAGCAAUGGGUAUGGAGAACUGACAGAUAAGGGACACUCAGAUCACUGCCUCUUCGGAAUAUGGUGGGAUCAUUGCUGUAGUCCAGGGAAGGCUGAACUUCAACAAUUCAGUGGAAAUAGAAACCAGGAAAGCAUUGUUUAUCACAAGUUAAACCCGUCAAUUCAAGCUCGUUUCAUCAGGCUAGACUCAGACCUAAAGCCUGGGUGUUCAACACCUCUAGGUAUGGAGAACGGACGGAUAAAGGAUGCUCAAAUCACCGCCUCCUCAGAAUAUAGCGUUCGACAUGCUGCAAAGUUUGGAAGAUUGAACUUCAAGGCAGCUAGAAAACAGCAGGGAGGAUGGUCAGCAGGCAUCGCUGUUAAUUCGUGGAUUCAAGUGGAUCUUACCAAGUACACUGUGGUGAAAGGAAUAGCGACACAAGGGAAAAAUGGUUACAGCCAGUGGGUGACUAAAUUCAAACUGCAGUACAGCGACGAUGGAGUGAACUUUCACUAUUACGGAGAAUCCGACCAGAGUUCGCCAAAGGUCUUUGAAGGAAAUAAAGACACGGACAGUAUUGUGUACUACCAUUUCUACCCUCCGAUCAAGGCACGUUUUAUCAGAUUAAGACUGAAUGGUCUGUCCAUGUUUCACUGCGGAUGGAGCUCUACGGUUGCUUAG